AUUCUGAGAAGCAAAAGUAAUUAGUAAUAAUUUAGUUGUAUUUUUAUUAUUUCUUCGUAGUUGAUUUGCCGCCUCAGUCGCGGCCUGCAAGCUCGCCGUUCGCCUCUCGCGUUCCGACUCUCACCGUCGGCCAGCUCAACGACGAUUGCCGUCAGACUCUCUAGCAGCUGUCGGCGGGAACCUUCCUCCGUUGCAAGCAAGCUUAUCUCUCUGGUUAGGUUAGUCUUCACCAUCCCUUUGUAGUUUACUAUGAUUCGAUGGCUGCGUAGCGCCUAUGCCCGCAUUGUGUAGACAUUGCUGGUUAUUGGAUUCCCUUAUUCAUUCUUCGUUCCGGACGUUAAGAGAUGGCUCGAUGAUGCCCUUACUCUUAUCAAUGGAGUCAAUGUGCUCUUGAUUGUUUUCACACGGAAUGGUGUUCAAACUUAGGUUCUCUCUAUAUUGGUUGCAUACAAGUUUUAUCCUAAACCUUAAAAAGCUUCUAUUUUUAGGGUUGAAUUUGUUAUUUGAUUCAUAAUAAUGGUGGCUUCCAAUUGACUGUUAACUUUGCUUCAAAGGAAUUCCUCAGAGAGAGAGAGAGAGAGAGAUGAAGAUAGCAGUGGAAGGUUGUAUGCAUGGUGAGCUGGACACAGUCUACCAGACAAUUCAGCACCUGGAGAAGUUGCACGAUAUCAAAAUCGACCUUCUCCUCUGCUGUGGCGACUUCCAGGCAAUUAGGAACGAGAGGGAUAUGCAAAGCCUGAAUGUGCUGCCCAAAUACAAGGAAAUGAAGUCUUUCUGGAAGUACUAUUCCGGCCAGGAGGUUGCUCCCAUUCCGACCAUUUUCAUCGGUGGCAAUCAUGAAGCUUCCAAUUAUUUGUGGGAACUAUAUUAUGGAGGAUGGGCAGCUCCUAAUAUAUUCUUCUUGGGAUGUGCUGGAGUCGUCAAGUUCGGUAACAUUCGUAUCGGUGGGCUUUCUGGGAUUUACAAUGCCGGAGACUAUCAUCGAGGGCAUUAUGAAAGACCUCCUUAUAACGAAAAAACUAUAAGAUCGGUGUAUCAUGUUCGUGAAUACGAUGUACACAAGCUCAUGCAAGUUGCAGAACCCAUUGACAUCUUCCUUUCGCAUGAUUGGCCUCUUGGCAUCACUGAUUGUGGUAACUGGCAGCAACUUGUUCGGUUCAAACCAGGCCUAGAAAAAGAUAUUCAGGCAGGAACCCUUGGAAACAGAGCUGCUGCUGAACUGCUUGAAAAGUUGAAACCCUCAUAUUGGUUUUCAGCUCACUUGCACUGCAAAUUUUCUGCCCUUGUCGAUCAUGGGAAAGAUGGCCGAAAGACGAAAUUUCUCGCGCUCGAUAAAUGUCUGCCCCAGAGAAGGUUCUUACAGAUUUUAGAAAUAGAGUCAGAAUGCGGACCUUUUGAGCUCCACUACGAUGAAGAAUGGCUAGCAAUAACCAGGAAGUUUAACUCUAUCUUUCCAUUGACAAACAAAAAUGCAAACUUCAGGGAUACAACCCCAGAUAUCCGAGACUGUCGUGAAUUGGUCAGGAGCAAGCUAGAAGCUAGAGGAGCCAAACCUUUUGAAUUUGCACGAACUGUUCCUGCUUACGAUCCCAACCAAUCUCAAUCAAAGGGCUCCUACCAGCGGGGUGAAUGCCCUAGGAAUCCUCAAACAGAGUCCUUUUUGCAGCUUUUGGAGCUUCCAUAUCUGCUAGACCAAGGAACCACACUAACAGCGACGGCUGCUUGUGAUAUGCCUAGCCUAUCCAUCAAACGAGAUACUGAAGAAAUACCAAUAGACGGCAUUGAUGAAACAGAAGGUGAUGAGACCGAGCAGCAGCUUCAUUGAUGUAGAGCAGCCAGAAGGAGUGGCUACAAGAAAAGGUCAGCAGCAGUUUUGGGUGAAACACAUUAUGGAUCUACUGUAGUAUUCCCCCCAUUUUCGAACAGCUGGCUAAACUUCAGCCCUGAUUUUACUGUGGAAAAGCUCCUGCUGCUAACUUAAAUAGGGUUUUGAAUUUGACUGUCUGCAGCAGGAAACUGGGUGGGUCUGGUCAUGGGUGGAUAUAAUGUUUAUGUACUCACUCCACGUAAGAAUUUACUACGACAGGUGUGUUCAAAUUUAAGUGGCCCUCAACAGCUGGAUCAAGCCAACUUUUGUACUCCAUUCUCAUUUUUUCUACAAGGUUAAAGCUUUCAUUUUUACCAAGUCGCACCGGACCCUAUUAAACAGGGGUGUAUGGGUCGGGUGGAUCGGUUUUUAAAUCAACCGAUCCAUAUUUACAGUGUGGAACUGUGGAUGAUAAAAGACUCAAACCCAACCGUGAAAAAACAAAAUUCUAGAGGUGUGGUUGGCUUUGGGUCGAUCAAUGUAACUUGGAGAGUAAUUAGCUAUGUCUUUCAUUAUAACAUCUUAAACAACACAUAUGUUGUGCUUGUCAAGAACCAGUUGAUCCCAAUAACUCGAGUUAUUGAGAUCAACUGGUUCUUGACAUGGUAUCAGAGCCUUCUGUGACCGUGAGGUCUUCUGUUCGAUUCCCGGUGACCCCUAUCUGUUUCUGUUAAGCACACGGUGUCCGGACCUGUGUCUGUCCAAACUCCAAGCCUAUCUGAAUGGCUUGAGUUUGAAGGGGGGUGUUAGUAAACAGUAUAUGAUUCACGAUUGAACCUCUCCCAACAACUCGAGUUAUUGGGAUCAGCUGGUUCUUGACGGUGCUUAAAUAUUGGUUAAGCAAAAGUCAGAAUGAUAUUCAUUAUGUAUAUAGUCGGUUGUGCAAAAAUUAUAUAGGUAAAAGAUAUGGGUCGGGUUUGUCAACUCUAAAACCACAUCCACCCACCAACUUUAACGGGUAACAAUAACUAAAAACCUAAUUCACCCAUAUAUUAUGCAACCCUCGAAUCUCAAGUUGGAUCAGCUCGGGUUGACGAAUUGGGCCGAUCUCCGAAUUUAUAUGUUCGCUCCUAGUAAUAGAAUGGUAGUUAAUAAUUUAUCUUUUCUCAAUAAUUAUUCUUUUCCCGAAUUAUUGAAAUCAAUUACUUUAUCACACAUUAUCAUUUAUACUUAAUAUUUUAACUGUUCAUCUAAUGCACAUGGUCAUGACAUCAUAACAUGACUUGAGUAUGUGCAAAAUUUAAUAAGUUCAUGUUCGCCAUAUUAUAAUUUGCCUUGAAUGAACAGUAAUAAAUAUGCAGUUAUCCAUCCUUCUAGCACCAUCCCAAGGUCUUAACAGAGCAGUAAUGGCUAGUUUCGUUUCCCCAACGAAUUUUCGUGCUCAACUGUAACUGUGGGCAGUGGGCUACUACAAAGAAUUAGCCGCCUGGGUUUUCCAAUCACAAGCGCGUGGUGACAGUAAGGGUGUGGGAGAAUAAGAGUUCUUGCGAAGA